AAGGAAAUCGGCAGUUGCUAUAGGGGCAUCCAUAACAUCGCUAUGUAUCGGCAAGGGUUCCGGCCUCCUACCCCACCGUCUUCGAGUGGCUCCGGGUUUCUGAGCCCUGCCUCUGGAGGAGCUUCUCCACAAGGCUACCGAAGCCCUCGCCACAUGUCGCCUUACGGAUCCCGCUCGCGGUCGUACGACAUUUCUCCUUGCUCUCCCCGCUUCCAAACAUGCGGGGAUGGUGGAGGCUGGUUUGGAGUUUCGGCACCGGCGCACCCACCACGUAGGCCCCACAGUGCCAGUCCCAGCCACCUGGCUCCCUACAGUGGCAGCAGGUCCCCCGGAGGAGCAUUUUACCAGCAGCAGCCCUUCAAGCAGCCGCCUUCGGGGGGCUAUCAGAGAUGCAACCAGGGAUCACCCCGAAUAUCGACUCCAUUUGGUACACCAUAUGGGAAGGAGAAAACACUGUCCAAUGAUGAUGUGGAGAAUUAUUAUAAACCUUCAAUGCUUGAAGACCCAUGGGUAGGCCUAGAACCAGUGUCUGUUACUGAUGUCAACCAACAAUUCAGCCUUGAACAAGCAACACAUUGUUGUAGAAAAGGGAGAUAUUUCACCUAAAGAACUUACAAAUUAAAUAUGUUUAUGAGAUACUAAUAUGUUUGUGAGAAACUGAAGUAGAAUUGCCUUUCUUAAGAUGAUCAUUAAGCAAGUAUAUUUUAAUUUGCAUACUUUUGACAAGAUUGAAUAUUUUUAUAUUGAAAGAAAGAAGACAUUUUUACACUUCUGGAUAUACAUAAUAGAAAUACUAAGAAUACAUUCUUAGCCAUUCUUUAAUUAGUUUGACAUUUUUAAGGAUCUUCCUAAGCAAAUUGUUUAAGAUUGUAAGAUUCUUGAGAAAAUAUCAGGAGAAUUUUAAAAUAAAAUAUAUUAGUUUGUAUUACAAAUAUUUUACUAUUUUUGUUUGUCAUACUUCAACCUACAUUAUUAAAAUCCUUUGACUUG